UAAACCAGAUAUUCCUGAUAGUUGCUUCACCUUUAAGGCGAAGUCGGGAGAAACUACAAAAGUUUUCAACAUGUUUAAGGCUAUUGUGAUUGCGGCUUGUCUAGUGAGUGCCCGUGCGGCCGUUACAUGGCGUGACUGCGCCACAAAGGGUAGCCAAACAGCGGUGACAGUGCAUGCGAUAGACCUCCGACCGAACCCCGUAGUAUUCCCGGGAGAGCUGCACGUGGACUUGGACAUGACCGUAAACCAGAAAAUGGAUCAGCUCUUUGUCGACGUUGAACUGUGGAAGAACACAUCCUUUGGAGAAUCCAAAAUCCCAUGUAUCGGAGACACCAACAUCGGCACAUGCCAAAAUGUAGAUGCCUGUGCAAUUCUACCGCGGAUCCGAAACGGUUCCUCAGUUGUAUCAUCGGAUCUGGGCCUUCAGUUAGACAAGAUUCUCCUAACCGCGCUUGGGCACCAGGGCAACUGUCCCAUCAACCCGGAGAAUAUUACUCUUCAUAACGAGCACAUCACACUUCAGGCUCUACCAGCUGAACUCAGCCUUAUUGCCACGGGGGAUUACAGAAUCGUUUUCAAGAUCAAGGAUGACCCGACCGCAACUGACAACAUCGGAUGUCUCGAGUUAAAUGCCGGCAUUCGUAGGAAAACUGAUCCUGCAUCGGCAGUCGGCAGAUAGACAUUCUGAUGAUCAGUCGCAAAAUAUAUAUUUUCCUCGUGUCGUUUUUUCAUCAACAUAUUCUUAGUAUUCCUGGAGCUGAGUGAGUGGAUAAAUAUGAUCUCCGAUGUGUUUUGUGGUUUUAAUUGGACUGCGUGUCCGAAAUGUUGACGUGUUCUUUGAACCACAUACAUCGAUGUAUUAUAAGUAUAUCUGAUGUAUUGUAAACGCUGCUUAUUUUCAAAAUAAACAUGAAAUAAU